AUGAGCUCAUGGGACGAGGGUCCCCAGGAGCCCCAACAGGAGACACUAGAGCAGAUAGCAGCCAAAAUAAUUCAAAAGACCUGGAGAAGAUAUGUGAACAGAGAGGUCUUCAAGUAUUUUAAAGAGCUUAUUAGCCGUUGCAAACAGCAGGAUCCCCAGGCGAUCCUCAAAUCUGUAAAUCCUCGAGAGGCAGAGUUGCUGGAUGUUGCUGCUGGCGUGUUCAUAAGAUUUCGACUUGGAGGGAUUACAUUUCCUCCCAACAUCUAUUACAAGAUCUUCACCCAUCGACCCAUCGCAGACGUGUGUGCCAGCAGCCCAAGGGACUACACCCAGCAAGGCCUUAAGAAGCCUGUGGUCCAGCAGACCAACAAUGGCUGGCCUCUUAUGCAGGAGGACAGAUCAGGAUGGUACCAGCGCAUGGAGAAUAACAGCUGGAGGCUCUUCUAUAUCAAGUUGGUUCCCAUGAGUGAGCCCGCAGAGAUCGGUGCUCACAAAAAAAUGGAGUUUCACUUUUCCAGGUUGCAGCGGCAGCAGGAUGUAGCCAAGUGGCGGAAGAAGAGGAAAGUAGAAUGGCUGAAGCAGAUGUAUAACCAGGGCCGUCUGCAGACUCACCCGGUGCAACGACACAUGGCAAAGCUGGUCGUGAAUUCCGCCCAGGAAGUGAUGGACGCCAUUCAGGAGAGGGGACAUGAAAAGAUACUAGAAUGUGAGCUGGAUGAGCUGCUGGCCUGGACCAACACUCUCAACUUUGAGGAGUACAUGCAGGAGUGGAGGUGUCUGGCCUGCAGUCAGUCCUCUGAGCCACGCAAAGAUGUUCAUCCAUAUCCAGCCAGGUUAGAUCCACAUGAGUUUGCUGCAGUGGCUGAUGAAGACAGUAAGGAGGAACACGAAGAUGAAGAUGAAGAUGGGACACAAACCAGUUGAAUUCUAAUUUCCAGUUCCGAAGAACUGCAAACGUAAUCUAUGCAAUUAAGUUAUUGAUGAUGCAGCAAUCAUUUUAAAAUAAUAAAGUAUGAUAAAUGGGAUUAUUUUAAGGUGAUGUGUUUUAUUGCAUUAGUUAAGUGGACUUUAUUCAAAUAAUUAUUGGAUCAUUAGAGUGAGUGUGUUUGUGAGAUGAACUCUUAGAAUCCACAAAUCUAUUAUUGAAUCUCUGUGACAUCUAACUAGAUCCAUUUUGUUAAAAAUAGAAAAUACAGAGACUUCAGUAUGUGUCUACUGUUCUGGCAAUCAUUUUAUUUAAAAUAAAGAAUUGUAUGUUUAAAAGGCUUCUGUCUGUAUAUAUUUAGAAUUUUGCCAAAGAUUGUAGCUACAUAUCCAACAUAAACUUUGAAUACUUUGCUCAUAUUAUAAAUUAAAUAUAUUUCCAUCUCUGUAUUAAAAGUGGAAUAAAAAGAAGGUUAU